AUGGCCUCGUCCACUCACAUCAUGGCGGACGAGUUGAACGAGACUGUGGUGAAUGCAACGGGCGAGGUGGUGAUUGGCUUCACUUGGCCCGGCUUGCCGCCGAGCUUCCUGCGGGAUGUCUGCGAGACCAUUAGCAACGUCAUAGUGAUCCUCGUCACGGUGAUCAUCGGAUACAAGUGCGCGAAGCUGCGGCUGUCACGAACGGCGGCGCACGCCUUCUACUGCCUGGUGGGCAUGGUCCUGUUUGUCACCCAGGCGUUCCUCUGGGGCUCUCCGGCGCUGCACGCGGCCUUUGGCCUGGUGGGCGUGCUGAUUGGCUUCAUGGGCGUCGGCGCCCAGAUCUUGCACAUGCGGGCCAACACACAGAAGCAUUUCACCACCAAUCACAGCAUCUUCGGCCUGGCCACCUGCUUCCUGCUGCUGGCCACCCUCAUCACGGGCCUGUAUCCCACAUGCCAGCCCUUGGCGCGGAUGUCCGAGAUAAAUGCGCUGUUCGCCCAUCGCAUCUGCGGGCUGCUCUCGUUCGUUCUGCUGAUGACGUCACUCAUAUUCAGCUUCAACUCGGGCUUCAUGCACUGCAACUGGGACCAUCGAGCCAUCGUGUGCUUCAAGAGCUGGGUACUGCUCGCAACCUUUCUGGCAGCCUCUACCCAGCUGGUGGCGGUCGUAGUUACACUACUCAUCAUAUCGCCCUUCAGUAUUUUCGCAGGGAAAUCAAAAUUUAGCUGA